AUGCAACCCACAAUUCCUCCUCCAGAAGAAGAGCCUGAAGAGCUCGCACGGUUCAGAGAGCAGUGGAAGGCAGAGGUGCGCAGGAAUAUCCAGAAGCCCAAGGCCGAAACUAGCGCUACUACUGCUGCUACUGCUCCUCAACCCACUUCCCCGCUUCCAAUUCGGGUUCAGCCUCGUGUACGACCUGCGAAUCAUGUAGUGGGCUCGAGCCAGCCGGGCCCUUCCAGCGAAACCAUCUCGGGAUUGCCUGCUACCAGGCCGGCGUUGACGGCGCAAGCAAGCAGCGCACUCUUCUCUGCUGUACGAGUCUACCGCAACGCCGUGCAAUGCGAGUCGCGCGGAGAGCUCGAUGAGGCGAUGGUCCUGUACCGCCAGGCAUUUCGCAUGGACCCGAACGUCGAUAGAGCGUAUGACAAAGAGGAGAGACUAGCUACCGUCUUAGCUCGCCCCGUGGAAGCAAAUGCAGAGCAAAUGACGGAGGGAGUUGCUGUGGAAGCGGUCUCUCUGGCUCUAUCCAAGCUGUCUUUAACUCUGCGCAAGGGGGAGUCAGGCGGCAACCUCGUUGGACUCCUCGCGGGGAUAGUUAAGGCGUUCCCCAGCGACCUGACUUUUGCCCCCGAGGACGAGAAGCUACCUGUCUUCUUCUCUGACUUGCCGGAUGAAGUCCUACUUCUCAUCGUACACAAGAUGGAUAAUACCACUAUAGGUCGAUUUUCCCAGGUGUGCCGCAAGGCAUGCUUGCUUGCAUUGGAUCCCGGUCGGUGGAGGGACUUGGUCGUUUCGACGUAUAAACCUCCACAAAUUUCGUCGCUGACCGAGUUGGUCCCGAUUCUCGAGCGACAUGGACAUGACUACCGCCGCGUAUAUAUCGAACAACCUAGAGUCCGGCUGGACGGUUUGUAUAUCGCAGUGUGCCAUUAUGUACGGCCAGGAUUGAGUGAGAACCACUGGGUCAAUAUCAGCCAUCUCAUAACCUACAACCGAUACUUACGGUUCUUUCCCGAUGGUCGAGUGCUUUCCCUCCUUGUCAACGAGGAAUACACCCCACAGCAAAUGAUUCCCCUCUUGAAGUACAACUCCCGCAUGAAGGGCCUUCUCGUCGGCGAAUGGGCACUCGAGGGGACCACAAUCCAGCUCUCUAACUUGAUAGACUCUCAAAGCGUCCCCUCUAACUUCAUCCCCCUAGACGGCGAAAUACCCGCAGCCCUCCUCGACGACCAUGCCGUCACUUCCACCUUGAAGCCCUCCAAGCGCCACCACGCCCACGAAACGACUCACGCAUCCACCGCUCGCGAGGCCCCGCGCUACGUCUUCUCCAUGACGCUCUCCCUGCGCUCGCGCCCUGUGAACGGGAAGUGGAACAAGUUGGAUAUAGUUGACUAUUCGACGGUGAAUGUGGAGACGGGGGAUGUGCAGCCUGUGGCGCUGAAGCAGGAGAGGCCGUUCUGGUUCUCGAAGGUUAGAUCGUAUGCGUGA